AUGAUUCCCAGUUUCAAAGAGUCGUCCGCUCCAAUCAUGCUGGUUUGGGUUUUUCAACUGACUCUGGCAAUGGCGGCCGAACAGUCGCUGUGUUCGUCUGAAAACACUGGCUCUGUGACUACUAAUUAUACAUGGAUGUCAAGUGCUAAGUGUUCCGACUUUUGCCAGGGCUACAACUACGGGAUCUUGCAAGGCAAAAAUUGCUGGUGCUCCAAUGAUGCCCCCGAUGAUACAGUGAGCAUGAGCAACUGCGACUCGUUCUGUCCUGGCUACUCGUAUGAGAACUGUGGUGGAGACGGUUAUUAUGGAUACAUCCAACUUGGAACGAGCACAGCCAGUUCGUCCGAUUCUGGCGAAUCUAGCAGCUCGGACGAGUCCUCCAGCACUUCGUCAGUCUCCAGCUCCUCUACGGCAGAGCCUUCGUCAACGGAGUCCUCCACCACCUAUUUCUGGGAUCCUGAAACGGCCUCAAGCAGCUCCCAAUCAAGUUCGUCAGAAUCGAGCACCUCCGCUAGCUCCUCCACAACGUCCUCGUCGGAAAGCUCCUCAACCUCCGUCGCGCAAACGACCACCUCGUCCUCUGUGUCGUCCUCCGAGUCGCCUACUUCGUCGACCGCAUCGGAGUCCUCCUCAAGUACAUCUUCCAUUGAUAGCUCCACCACAUCGAGCUCUUCCACCCCUUCCUCCUCCACAACCGAGUCCUCGUCGUCAACAAGCUCGUCUUCUAGCUCCAUCACCUCGUCUAGCUCUACAACAAGUUCUUCGACCACCUCAUCGUCGUCGUCCUCAUCAUCAUCCGCUUCUUCGUCCUCCUCUUCCACUUCCUCCUCAUCAUCCAUCCACUCGGUCAUCACCUCCACCUCAUCCUUCCUCACCUCCACACAGGGAUCCGGAGUCGCAACUGCAUAUGUAACCACCAUGAUCAAAACCACAAUCACAUACACCCCUUCGUCAACUGCAGACUCCAGUUCCCCAUCGUCCACGAACGACCCGUCCGGCUCCCGCUCCGGAAACACGUCCAACGGAACCGGGAAAUCGGACUCCUUCUUCGACCACAAGGGAAAAGUCGCUGGUGUGUUCACCGUGGUCGGGCUUGUCGCUCUGGCCCUGCUGCUGCUUCUAGCAUUCUUCCUCAGAAAAAUGUACAGAAACAAGACCAAGGGUGCCAUUGCCAUCGAAUCGGACGCAGAAAGCUUUGAGAAACCGGUCAUCAUCAGCACGAUGCCAAAAUCCCCAACACCACCGUCUCCUCCGCCGUCUGCUACCAAACGGGCCUCUGUGUUCUCUCUCCACCGGAAAACACAGUCUGUGCCAAACACGAACUCCCGAACUCCAACGGUCGACCAAACCGUCAUGGUCGACCAACGUCUGGACCCCCACAACGAGCUCUACGACCAUAAUAAUUUCUCCACAAGGAGCCUUAGCGACCAGGUCGACUACAGUCGUAAAGUGCUCAAGGUCGCCAACCCGGACACCUAG